AUGUCAAAGAGACACGCAGAGCUCCCUUUGGAGCAAGGCUUUUCUGGCUCUCCUGCCUCGAAAAAGGUGCGCGUCGAGGACGAUGACGGCGGCGAUUCUCGCAACGGCGCAGUCCCCGCGGACCGAACAGGCGGCAAUGAGCUGAGGCAGGGUGGCCACAAUGGAGUCGACAUGCAAAAAACAACUGAAAUGGAAGGAGAUGAGCUUGAUGAGGAUAAGAAAGACAUCUCUGAUCUCUCAGAUAUCGACGAAGAUGUAUCUGCGCACAGCGCCCCGAAACGCCAAAGUGCCCCCAUGGAAGGCUACGGCGACCUCUAUCUCGACACAAUUAACCGCGAGAUCUUGGAUUUCGAUUUCGAGAAGCUGUGCUCUGUCACUCUGUCAAACAUCAACGUGUAUGCCUGCCUUGUCUGCGGCAAAUACUUCCAGGGCCGCGGUCCCAAAUCGCAUGCAUAUUUUCACGCGCUCGAAGUUGGACACCACGUCUUUAUUAACAUCGGCACAAAGAAGGUCUAUGUUCUGCCUGAAGGAUAUGAAGUUCAAAACAAAAGUCUGGAUGAUAUUAAGUAUGUGGUAGACCCACACUAUACGAAAAACGAAGUGAUCAAGCUCGACAAAGAAGUGCACAAUGCCUGGGAUCUUUCUGGGUCUAAGUACAGACCAGGAUUUGUCGGCAUGAACAACAUCAAAGCCAACGACUACGUCAAUGUUGUAGCUCAACUAAUGGCACAUGUUCUGCCAAUCCGCAAUUUCUUCCUCCUUCAUGAAUUUCCCACCCCUGGAACACCGGAAAUAGUUCUUCGUUUCAGCACUUUGGUGCGCAAGCUAUGGAACCCUAAGGCGUUUCGAUCACAUGUCUCCCCGCAUGAAUUACUACAGGAGAUUGCCGUACGGUCGUCCAAACGGUUCACACUCACCAACCAGGCAGAUCCCGUGGAAUUCUUAUCUUGGUUCUUAAACAGCCUACAUCUUGCCUUGGGGGGAUCCAAGAAACCUUCGCCAACACCCACCAGUGUUGUGCACGCAGCAUUCCAGGGCCGUGUGCGGAUUGAAAGCCAAGCUAUCACUGCUCACUCUGAUACUCAAAAUGCCCGUUUGGUAUUCACCGAAUCUGGCACCAUCAAUAGCCAAGUUACUCCUUUCCUUAUCCUGACACUGGAUCUACCUCCAACACCUCUCUUCCAAUCUGCCAACCGGGAAUCGAUCAUUCCACAGGUUCCCUUGACCACCCUCUUGAACAAAUAUAACGGCUAUACGGCGUCAGAGAAACUGGCCCAUCGUGUUCGACACCGUCUUCUCCACCCUCUUCCUCCCUACCUCUUUUUCCACAUCAAACGCUUCAGCAAGAACCGUUUUGUCUCUGAGCGAAACCCAACCAUUGUCACUUUCCCUUCCCCCAGAGAUUUGGACAUGUCACCCUAUGUUGAGCCCAACCCAGAUAUCUGGUCACCCGGCGAACCUAUCCUGUAUGAUCUCGUCGCAAACAUCAUUCUUGAUCCCGCUAUUGCAGCACCUGGCUCAAUGGAUGAUGCUGUUGAUAAGGGCGUCAAUGCUGCGUCAGGAGCUGGCGGUGCCUCGAGUGGAGCUGGCGGCGGCAGUGAGAAGGUCUCAUGGCUUGUCCAGCUUCAUGAUAAAGCCAUGUCAGCCGAGAACAUUCGCAUCCAAAACGGCAGUUCCACGGAGACACGGCAGCAGGGUCCAGAAUGGCUUGAGAUUCAGGAUUUGUUUGUUAAGCGCGCCGAGAGUGAAACACUAUUCACACGUGAGGGAUAUCUCAUGGUCUGGGAGCGUCGCAAGGUCCCAGGCAGUAAAGGAAAGGGUCGUGCAUGA